GACGACAUCAAAGAGGCCGAAGAAGCCGUGGACAAUGCCACCAAGGCCUACGAGGACCUCCUCUCCGAGCUCGACGAGGGUCGAAAGCGGGAGUUCGAGGAUGCGAACAGCUUGAAGGUCAAGUCCCUAAAAGAAGAGUAUGCCCAGCUGCUGGCCGAAGACCAUUGA